AUGGGUGAGUGGCAUGAUUGUGACGGAGAUGGCAGGGCAAUAAUAAUAAUAAUAAUAAUUAAAUUUGGCUUUUUGCAGGGAGGUGAAACAAAGGGCGACAAGAACGGCCGGCCCGGAGAGUCUUUGACGGCCCAGAAGCGGGCAGCUCGACCACGACACACACGGAGACGGGGACUGGGACGGGGACGGGGACGAGGACAGGAAAGACGAGGACGACGGGAGGAAGACACAUACCACGUUGAGGGUGAAGGCGGCAUAGAGCUUGAUGAGGCCGUGGAAGUAGCCGAAGAAGAUGGAGACGGGCAGCAGCAAAAAGUCGGCCGGAUAGCGGAUGUAGUGGCCCAGCAGCUUGAUGAACUUGCUGACGAACAUCCAGAGCAGCAGCGCGUUGAAGGCCCAUGUCCGCUGCUGGGGGUCCCAGGCCUCGGUGCCCUUGUAGCAGAAGGCCAGCAGGCAGAGGUCGCCGACGAGGGCGGGCGGCGAGAGCGUCGUCAGGAAGACCGCAUACGUGCUCCACGGCUGGCGGCUGCAGAGACAGAGAAAGACGGACAGAGAAGAGACUUACAACCAGACGACCUGCUCCUGGACGAGGGUGGUGAGGUUGCUGCGCCAGUUGCUGCGGGACCAGCGGACGCACUGCUUGAGGAACUGCGGGUUGUCCUCGAGCGUCGUCUGGAUCUCGGCCUCCGGGUGGUACUGGAAGUAGGUCUCCCAGCCGUGGGUGACCAUCCAGCGCGAGAGGAAGUUGUCGUCGUCGGCGUUGAGCUCGUAGCGGCCGAACCACCACUCCUCGUUGGUGAAGCCCAGGGUGAACUCGCGGUCCUGCAGGAUCUUGGUGCGGUACGCAACGGUCCGUCCCGACAGGCACGGCAUCCCGCCGUCCAUGUGCGUCGUGGCGGCGCAGUCGAAGUUGCGGCGCUCGAGAUACAGGGCGCCCAGGAAGUCCCACGCCCGCUGCAUCGAGAACAGCGGCGCGCCGACCCUCCGCAGGCGCUGGCAGGUGGUGACGCCGCCGUAGAUGGGGUCCUUGUCGAACGGCGCCAGGAUCCAUUUGAGCUCCGUCCUGGGCCAGCUCACGUCGUCGUCCACGAAGACGGUGAUCUCGGUCCGCACCUCCGGGAUUGCGCGCACCAUCUGCCGCCGCUUGUUGGGCUUGGGGAUGCUCAGCAGCUGGAUCCUCGUCCGCGAGGCCGGCAUCGUCGCCAGCAUGCGCUCCGCGUUGGCCCGGUUGGCGUCGAUGGUCACCAGGAAGAUCUGGUAGGGCUCGUUCAGCAGGAUGGUCCGGAUGGUCUCCUCGAGCUCCUCGCCGCAGCCGGACAGGGACGGGAUGAUGAUGGAUACAUCCUGGGACGUCAGCUUGGGAUUCUCCGGCGGCGGGAUCGGUCGAAACGUCCAGACGGCAAACAGGUUGACCACCAGUCGCAGGUACCGAGAAGCAGGAAGAAAAAAGAAAAGAAAGGGAAAACAACUCACAAUAACAGCUUGAAGGCUAAGAGAUAUGUGAACUCAAAAGCCAUCAUGAUGGUCUUACUGUCUCCCGUUUCUUUUUCUUUUCUUUUUCUUUUCCUUGCUGUUCAAUUGCAAUAUCAAAAACAAAGUCUCUAA